CCAGCUUCUCGGGCAGGAAAAUUUUUGGCGCCUUCUUCAAGCUUGGGAUUGAUUGUCCAAGUGGAACGCGUCUCUUGCAAUAUUCGGUUGCAAGCUUUGGCCCUUUCCACAAUUGUGCACUCUCAUAUUGCCCUUCUCCCUACAGUUCCAAAUACGCGUCUUCGAAGAUGACGGAAGUCAAGGGGACCUCCAAGCAGGCGGAUGAGUUUUCCAUCAAGCCGCAAGCUGUUACUCCAGCCCUCGACACCAGCAAUUGGCCCUUGCUGCUCAAGAACUAUGACAAGCUCCUUGUCCGAACGGGCCACUUCACUCCCAUCCCGAACGGCUCCUCUCCGUUGAAGCGAGACAUCAAGUCCUACGUCUCAAGCGGCGUCAUCAACUUGGACAAGCCGUCCAACCCAUCCAGUCAUGAAGUUGUCGCUUGGGUUAAGCGUAUGCUCCGUGUGGAAAAGACGGGCCACAGCGGUACCCUCGAUCCCAAGGUCACGGGCUGUCUCAUCGUCUGCAUUGACCGGGCGACUCGUCUUGUCAAGUCGCAGCAGGGAGCCGGCAAGGAAUACGUUGCCGUCAUUCGGUUCCAUGAUACCAUACCCGGUGGCGAGCCUGCCUUUGCGCAGGCCUUGGAGACAUUGACGGGCGCGUUGUUCCAGAGGCCGCCUUUGAUCUCGGCCGUCAAGAGGCAACUCCGUAUCAGAACCAUCCACGAGAGCAAGUUGAUCUCCUUUGACAACGACCGCCACCUCGGCGUUUUCUGGGUCAGCUGUGAGGCGGGUACAUAUAUCCGUACCCUCUGUGUCCAUCUGGGUCUCCUCCUGGGGGUUGGAGCUCACAUGCAGGAGCUUCGCCGUGUCCGAAGUGGCGCUAUGGACGAAACUAAGGACAUGGUCACGUUGCACGACGUUCUGGAUGCCCAGUGGUUGUACGACAACCAGAACGACGAGACUUACCUGAGAAAGGUCAUCGCGCCGCUGGAGUCUCUGUUGACUACAUACAAGCGUCUUGUGGUUAAGGACAGUGCAGUCAACGCUGUCUGCUAUGGCGCGAAGCUCAUGCUUCCAGGCCUGCUACGAUAUGAGUCUGGCAUUGAACAUCAUGAAGAGGUCAUUCUCAUGACCACCAAAGGAGAGGCCAUUGCUCUUGGAAUUGCCCAAAUGUCGACUGUGGAGAUGUCCUCUUGUGAUCAUGGAGUCGUCGCCAAGGUGAAGCGGUGCAUCAUGGAGAGAGACCUCUACCCUAGAAGAUGGGGCCUUGGUCCUGUUGCGCUUGAGAAGAAGAAGCUCAAGGCGGGCGGGAAGCUGGACAAGUUUGGCCGAGUGAACGAGGCAACACCCGCGAAGUGGACAGAAGGGUAUACCGACUACAACCCGCAGACAGCGACCGCGGCGGCAGAGUCGGCGCCUGCUCCGGCUGCCGAGUCAACACCCCAGAACGCCCCGGAUGAGAUGGCCGUUGAUGAUGCCGAGGACGACGACAAGAAGAAGCGGAAGAAGCAUGAGGGAGAGACUCCGGAGGAGAAGGCCGAGAGGAAACGGAGGAAGAAGGAGAAGAAGGCCAAGAAGGCCUCGGGCGAUAAGUCAGGAAAGGGAGAGGACGAGGACAGCGACUAAUGGCCGAAAUUCUCUUCCCUUCGUAUACUUCAAAACCACGGUGGCGUUUUGCUGUACCUAUGUCAUACAUUGUCGGGAAAGGGUGGCGUUCAGGGACUCUUAAGAUCAUGUUCAUUGCUAUCUCGUUGGAGUAGUGCAGAGGUCCAAGGAUGGGAAUACCGUUCAAAGCUUCGCAUCAUUCCGAGGCUUUUGCAUGAUACCUUCUUUAUUCCUAUUUAGUAUUUGAAUCUGUUGCUUUUGUGUAUCUUCGGCCACGGGAAAAGUGAGACCCCAUUGCCCUCCUGAAGUAUCCGCAACGGCUCUCCUGGGCUUCAUAAGAUCAAUUACCACCACUUGAAUUA